CCUUUACCUUCUUGCCUUUCCUCCAGAUGUCUUUCACUUUCUCUGUGCCUUUUAGUUUUCCAUCUUUCCAGUCUUUCUCUUUAGCCUGCCCUUCAAAGCACAUCUAUACAGACAAGAGUUUGAUGACCACCUUGAGGUCCACAGAAGUUUUUUUUUUUUUUUUGUAAGAUCAGAAAACGCAGCAGCAGAAGGCUCCAGAGGUGAGCAGACUUGACCUGCAGGACCCAGUCAGUGUAACCGAGAAGGGCCUGGCCGCCGCAGCAGACUCCACCUUGCAAGAAACCCAGAGCUGGGGAGUUGGAGAGGGAACCGACAUGCGAAUAUUAAUAAGAUGCAAGGGAGAUGGCGGGACAAGCCUCACCCACCACGGUUGUAAGGCGAAGGCCCAGAGCAGCUGGGGCGGGCGGUGAGCAUGGGGCCAGCAACUGGCCGAUUCCCGGGCCGGGAGCCUGAGCUGGGGCGUCUCCAGACUCCCGGGCGGGGCGCGCCCCGUCAGUCACCCGGCAUGUGGGCCGCGGGUGGGGCGGCGAGGGCGGUCGGGCGGGCCGGGCAAGGGGGGCUGUGUGCCAACAGCUCGGCCGGAGUGUUUGUCCAGCCAGCCAGCCGGUGCCGCUCACGGGUGCCUCUGCCUGUGCUUCCCUGACUCCUUCCUUCUCUCCCCCGACAGCUCCUGGCGGCCCCAGGGACUUGGUGGUCGGCGGGCCAGGUUCACGAGCAACAGCAUUUUGCAUAGGUCUUUCCAAAUUGGAAACCAACAGCCAGUUUGCUGAAUUCUUGGUCCAGUUGUCCUGGAUUGCUGCAAGUCUCUAGGAAGACCCGUGGGUGCAUCCCAUUGCCAGCCUGGUGGAGGGGGGGGGGCACACCUGGAAGCCAUUUUCAAGAACUUUUGCAACAGGUGUAAAAGACUCCAGCCAGCCCUGUGAAGAUGCUGAAACAGAUACUGUCGGACAUGUACAUAGAUCCUGAUCUGCUGGCAGAGCUCAGUGAAGAGCAGAAACAGAUCCUGUUCCUCAAGAUGAGGGAGGAGCAGAUCCGCCGAUGGAAAGAAAGAGAAGCAGCAAUGGAAAAAAAGGAGUCUCUGCCAAUGAAACCCAGACCAAAGAAAGAGAAUGGAAAAUCUGUUCACUGGAAAUUGGGAGCUGAUAAAGAAGUCUGGGUCUGGGUGAUGGGUGAACACCACCUAGAUAAGCCCUAUGAUGUGCUCUGUAACGAAAUCCUUGCUGAGAGGGCUCAACUGACAACAGAAAAGGAUGCAGAAGAGCUCAGAAAAGCUCAGUCCAAAGAGUUCACCAACAGCUUGAAAGCAUCACACUACUGUGAUCCGCAGGCACCAGUUAACAGGGAGACCCAGGACAUCUGUAAGAAAGCAGUGACUGAGGAAGAAGUGAGGCAGCCCUCCAGACCAGCACCUGCCCUGGAUGAAUCACCUUCCAGUUCCUCAAGAAAUAUUCAACAAAUGUUGGCAGAUUCUAUCAAUCGCAUGAAGGCAUAUGGAUUCCACCAGAGGAAAGAAUCAGUGAAGAAAACAGAAGAUGAAGAAUUAAAACAAGCAGAUGAAGAGAGAACCAAGCAGAUUUAUAAGAGCUGGAAGGAAGAUUCAGAGUGGCAGGCCUCCCUGCGAAAAUCCAAAGCAGCUGAUGAGAAGAGACGGUCCUUGGCAAAACAAGCACGAGAAGACUAUAAGAGGUUAUCCCUAGCAGCCCAAAAAGGAAGAAGUGGUGAGGGACCACAGAGCCCCCCAAGUGUUCCACAGAAACCAAAAAGACCUCCACUUCCACCCAAGCCUCAGUUUCUGAACCCAACUGGAUACCCUCAGCAACCUCUCAGAAAGCAGGGCAUGACAAGAACAGCAUCCAGCUCUGUCCAGGAUGAGAUCAUCCGCUGGUUUAGGGAAGAACAGCUGCCCCUGCGAGCUGGCUACCAGAAAAACUCAGACACCAUUGCCCCCUGGUUCCACGGAAUUCUCACAGUAAAGAGAGCAAAUGAACUUCUGAGCAGAUGUGCACCUGGCAGCUUUCUGAUCCGUGUCAGUGAAAGGAUCAAGGGCUAUGCCCUAUCCUAUCUGUCUGAGGAGGGGUGUAAACACUUUCUCAUAGACGCCUCCAAGGACUCCUACAGCUUCCUGGGUGUGGACCAGCUGCAGCACUCCACUUUGGCGGACUUGGUGGACUAUCACAAGGAGGAACCCAUCACUUCCCUGGGGAAGGAGCUCCUUCUUCACCCCUGUGGUCAGCAGUCCCAGCUGCCCGACUACCUGGAGCUCUUUGAGUGAUACAGCUGGAUAUGUCAUCCUGCACCUUCCAUGUGGCUUUCCUCUGGACAGACCCCACUGAGGGGAACAUGUAUGUAUGAAGCCAAACAUCACCCUUCAGCAAAGGCAAUGUUGAUCAGUUAACUGCAAGUAUCCUUGGAGUCUCUGGGGGUUUCUCUUCUUCACAAAGGCUGAAGUUCAAAGUUAAGUGCAUCAUAUGCACUCCACAAGUAAUGGGAGAAGAGUCCCACUGUCGUCAGCAAACACAAGGGAUAUAACUUGAGUAUUCUAUGUAAGAUAAAAACAAAGAACUAGAAAACUUUUCAGGAACUCAGCUGUACUUCAAAAAAAACAACAAACAUUACAGUACCUCUUGUGAACUAUAAUAUUUCAUGACCCCCUAUACUCCAUCUCUGCAUUGUCUUAAAAGGUCUCAAGGAUCAGUCUAUAUGACGCUCCAUGUUAGCUGUGGAAAGUUGACAAACCAAAAGCGAAAACCUUUGCUGGUGGCUGAGAUAACCCUGCUAUCAC